AUGAAAUUCUUUAUCGAUGAUCUUCCUAUCUUAUUCCCCUAUCCAAAGAUUUAUCCUGAGCAAUAUCAGUAUAUGUGUGAUAUUAAGAAGACUCUAGAUAUUGGAGGGAAUAGUAUUCUGGAAAUGCCUUCUGGGACAGGUAAAACUGUCUCUUUAUUGUCAUUGACGAUUGCAUACCAGAUGCACUAUCCAGAGCAUCGAAAGAUUAUCUAUUGUUCUCGUACUAUGUCGGAGAUUGAGAAAGCAUUGGUAGAAUUGGAAUCACUUAUGGAUUAUAGGUCUAAAGAACUAGGUUAUCAAGAGGAGUUCAGAGGAUUGGGUUUAACGAGUAGAAAGAAUCUCUGUUUGAACCCUAGAGUUAGUAAGGAGAGGAAAGGAGCUGUUGUGGAUGAGAAAUGUCGUCGUAUGACAAAUGGUCAAGCUCGGGAACGGAAGCAGCGUGACCCAGAGGCGAACGUUGAAUUAUGUGAAUACCAUGAAAACAUGUAUAAUUUUGAAGUGCAGGACUAUCUACCCUUGGGUGUUUAUUCAUUUGAGAAGCUACUAAAAGUCUGCGAGGAUAAGACUAUUUGCCCGUACUUUACGGUACGUCGUAUGAUUUCGAUGUGUAAUAUUAUCAUUUAUUCGUAUCACUACUUGUUGGACCCAAAAAUUAAGGUUAGAGUGUCGAAAGAAUUGCAAAAGGACUCUAUAGUGAUAUUUGACGAAGCGCACAAUAUAGAUAAUGUCUGUAUUGAGUCUUUGUCUUUGGAUUUAACGAAGGAUAUGCUAAAAAAGGCGACUCGAGGAGCUAGCACACUCAGUAAGAAAAUUGAAGAGGUUCGUCGAGUUGAUACUCAGAAACUUCAAGAUGAAUAUCAGAAGCUAGUGCAAGGGUUACAGCUUACUGAUAUAUUAAAUGAAGAAGAAGACCCUCUUGUGGAGAACCCUGUAUUGUCAAAGGAUGUUCUUCGGGAAGCUGUACCUGGUAAUAUAAGGAGAGCUGAGCAUUUUGUUUCAUUCUUAAAGAGAUUUAUUGAGUACUUGAAAACCAGAAUGAAGAUUCUCCAUGUUGUCUCAGAAACUCCGAAUUCCUUUCUACAGCAUUUAAAACAAUUGACAUUCAUUGAAAGAAAGCCUCUGAGGUUUUGCGCUGAAAGACUUUCGCUACUAGUGAGGACUCUAGAGAUAACUGAAAUUGAAGAAUUUUCUGCAUUGAAAGACAUUGCAACGUUUGCAACUCUUAUUUCUACAUACGAAGAUGGAUUUUUGUUAAUUAUUGAGCCCUAUGAAAUAGAGAAUGCUGCAGUUCCAAAUCCGAUCAUGAGAUUUGCAUGUUUAGAUGGAUCUAUUGCGAUAAAGUCAGUUUUUGAAAUGUUUUCCUCUGUGAUUAUAACAUCCGGUACCAUUUCUCCACUUGACAUGUACCCCAAAAUGUUGAACUUUGAGACUGUUAUACAAAAGUCAUAUUCCAUGACGUUAGCUCAGAAGUCGUUUUUACCUAUUAUUGUUACAAAAGGAUCAGAUCAGGUUGCUAUUUCUUCAAGAUUUGAAAUCAGAAACGAUCCGUCGAUUGUACGUAACUAUGGUUCCUUAUUAGUGGAGUUUGCGAAAAUCACACCGGAUGGAAUGGUAGUGUUCUUCCCCUCAUAUCUAUAUAUGGAAUCUAUUAUAUCAACAUGGCAAACAAUGGGUAUUUUGGAUGAGGUCUGGAAGUACAAGUUGAUUCUUGUGGAAACUCCAGAUGCACAGGAAACCUCUCUGGCGUUGGAAACGUACAGAAAAGCAUGUUCUAAUGGUCGGGGUGCAAUCUUGAUGUCUGUUGCUCGUGGUAAGAUUUCUGAAGGUAUUGAUUUUGACCAUCACUAUGGAAGGACUGUAUUGAUGAUUGGUAUACCUUUUCAGUAUACCGAAUCUCGUAUUCUAAAGGCAAGACUGGAAUUCCUUCGAGAGACCUAUCAAAUAAGAGAAAACGACUUCUUAUCCUUUGAUGCCAUGAGGCACGCUGCUCAAUGUCUAGGUAGAGUUCUUAGAGGUAAAGAUGAUUAUGGUGUUAUGGUGUUGGCUGAUCGUCGAUUCUCGAGGAAAAAGAACCAGUUGCCGAAAUGGAUUGCGCAGGGAUUGUCUGAUGCUGAUUUAAACUUGUCAACCGAUAUGGCAAUUGCAAAUACAAAGCAAUUCUUGCGUACGAUGGCGCAAGCAACUGACCCUAAAGAUCAAGAAAAUGUUUCAUUAUGGAAUAUCAAGCAACUAUUGGCAUACCAAGAGGAGCAAAAGAAGAAGAAUCAGCAACUAGCAAUGGUUGAAGAUAAAAACGAAGAUGUUGAAAUGAAGGAUGCAUAA